UGGAAGCAACGAGGAAUAAUUCAAAGCUAUUGUGGAGUCGGUGAUUCACAGACAAGUUUCUAAGUUAACAGAUCUGUUCUACGACGAGAUAUGUAGGCGACAUUUACUCUCCGGAAUUGAAUAUAACGUGACAGCUUUCACCAAAUUGUUGUUUUUCGGGUUCCGCCGUAAAGAAGAUGGAUGAAUUUGACAACCACACCGAGCCUUACGAAGACCCUUAUGUGUCUGGUCCGAUUCGGAAAAUUAUUCUUGGAACGUUCAUUCCCCUCUUCCCUCUGACAAUAUGCGGCAACUGUCUCGUCAUUUGCGUCAUAAUCCGCAAUCGAAGCAUGCGAACCGUCACGAACUUCUUCCUGGCGAAUCUGGCCGUUGCUGACCUGAUGGUAGCCAUCUUCUGCAUCAUCCCCCAGAUGAUGUGGUUUGUGUCGCCGACGUGGUCUCUGGGCGCAGUGAUGUGUAAACUGCAUAAAUACAUGUUAGGUGUGACGACCAAUGCAUCUAUCUUCAUCAUGAUGGCGAUAUCGGGGGAACGUUUUGUUGCCAUUAUUUACCCUUUGAGGAUCCGUCGGGUUCUGACGAUAGGAAGACUGUCCUGCAUCCUUUGCUUUCUCUGGCUUCUUAGUUUUCUAUUGAGCAUUCCCUCGUUCCAGUUCUUCGAUGAAUCAACCGAUUCCAAUGGAACCAAGCAGUGUGGGGUGAGCCUCAACAUAUCCAGCUACCAAGUCCGCGUCCACAACAUAUUUAACUUUAAUUUUUGCUACUUGUUGCCACUGUUUGUAAUGAUGUUUUUCUACGCGAGGAUCAUCGUCAGUUUAUGGUUACGUGGACGAGCAGUUUACUACCGUACCUCGAGGCACGGUGAGAAGACAUCGACUCCUCCGGCUGCGGUGGAGAUGGAGGUACGCAUGCACACUGGCGGGAGUAUAAAAACACACCCACAUCGGCACCACCAUCAUCACCAUUCCCAUGCUCAUUCCAGUGAAAGCAAGAAGAUUGCGAAUGAACAGUGUAAUGGAAAAAGCGAGGCCAAAGCAGUCCAAGACCACACCGAGCAAGCGGAAGAUGCCGGUUCGCUAAAGAUAGGACCUUUCUUUGUCGACUACCCUCCGUCGUCCCCUCGUCGUAACCCCGAUGCGUUCAAGGGUUCAAAGUCUUGCGAGAACAUGUUCCUACUUGGUGGAGGUGAAAAGGCUCGUGGACCCCAUGCUGAACUUGCACGUACUAAGUCUCAAUCGACGGGAGCAAUUGAUCAUUAUCAUCAGCAGUUUUGCAAAGCCCUGAAUUCGGAGGACCAAGAAGAAGAAAUUGAGCUUGAUGUUUCUGUCCAUGCGACAUUUAUCAAUGAAGUAAUGAAAAACGGUAGCGCCGUCCCUGUAAAAUAUAUUAAUAAGCCCAUUGAAGAACAUUCGAAAGAAAAUAAACAUAUCUAUUCCAAACCUCGACCCAUCAGACAAAGAAGCUCCGGGAAAAUACCCGUUAAAAAUGGAUACGAGUUCCUUUCGACAAUUGAAGAUGAUGAACAUCUGACUGAAACACCAGCUACAACAACAAAAACAGACCCCGUCGAGCAACCAAAUACUUCUGAAUCUCCUCAACGGCCAAAUACUUUUCCUAACGCUCUAAAGCGAUGCGCAAAGAAAGCCCAUACGAGACUGGCUGAAUUUACCAGGCGACCUACGGUCUUAGUAGAAAUGGUUCCAGCGGAUAAUCACAGCACGAACUCGAGGACACCUAAUCGACCUAAAAAGAUUUCCAAAUCAACGAUCGCUACGCGUAAGAAAGUCAUCCGGAUGUUGGUGGUGUUGGUAGUGGCCUUUGGUGUCUGCCUCUUCCCAAUGGAACUUCUUUCACUGUGGACUGUUGUAGGGACUUUCCCGUACUUCUCAAAAUUCGGGAUCCUCUUCGUACCGUUCACCUACCUCGCCUACUUCUUCAAUAGUGCGUUGAACCCAUUCCUCUACGCGCUUUUAUCCGACAACUUUCGCAUGCGCAUGCGAGAAACACUGGACUUUCGUGGCUCAUCGAGACGUGCGCGCUGGAUGCGCACGCAAACGAGGUUGAGAUCAUUGACCUCCGAAGGAACGGACAAUGACUGGGUUGCUUAAUGGACGAUGCCAAGCGAAUGUCCUACAGUGAACAUUCUACAGCAUGCCUCGAGAAAAGGAAGGAUCUAAGCUGUUUGGGGUGAUUCUACUGAUUCGGUACCAUUUUAAAAAAUAAAGCAUUCAACAGCUUUAGAUCUUAGACUAACGAUGUAUGAUGCACAAGUCAUAAUAAACAAAAUGGAUGUAUAAAAACAGUGAGCCAAACUUGGCCUUCCAGCCAACGAGCGCUUGCUAAUUAAUCAUGAACUCUGUAAUGAUAUAAUUGAUGAAUUUAGAGUUGUUUCAAAAUUGCCUUGAUAAAUGGUGAAUAUUAUUUCUUUAAAUAUAUAUUUUGUACACAUUUGGAGGUUGAAAGUUCAGUUGAUCUGACACGCGUCAUAUAGGGCCUUGUAACAUGUUGUGUAUGUCUUCCUAAGACACUAAGACUGACGAAAAAAAAAACAUGAUUACUUCAAUAUCUGUUAAAGAAAUAUGACAGGGCUUGGAAUACACACAUGACUUUAGGUGACGUAAAGGGAGGUGCAAAAUGUAAAGGGAUUACCGUAUGCCUAAAAAAAUUCUACAGAACACAAACAGUGUGAGGGCAAAUUUGGAUUGCAAAAUGUAUGAUUCUAUUCUAGUCAAAAGUGAUGCAAAGUCAGGAAAGAACGACAUGUGUGUAUCAUAUUCCAAUCGUUUUAGGUCAUGCUUUGAUAUAAUAAACAACCCUGAUGAUAAAACGUUUAGAAAUUUUAAAUGUCAUGCGGUAGGGAGAUUUCCGGGCGUAUUCGGAGAACUUUUGAUACCCACUAACAUGACUAAUGAACAGACUUGAACGUUUGAUCUCCAAUUUUAUUGUUAAGAAGAUGUAUUGAGAGACAUUUUAAAAGCUAUUUUGACAUAGAUUUGAUAAUGUGUAACAUAAUUUCAAAGAUGAAUAUAUGCAUGAAAAUGGAAUAGGUGAUUUAGCGGUUGCGACUCUCGCAUUGAAAUCAGAGGGUCGCGUGAACAUGCCUUUGGCAAGGGGUUAAACCAAGCCUUGCCACUCUGCACCAAUGUAUCAUUACCCAGUGGAAGGCGAUAUCCUAUAUGUGCCUUGCCUCCCCAAAUCCAACAACGCGUCGCCAGGGAAGGUUGUCUGUGAAUAGCAAAUAUAAUAUUUUGGUCUUCGAAAUAUUGAAAAUACAAAAUUAUCUGAUAUGAAAGAGUAGUUUUUCUCCACACUCCAAAAAUUGAAGUUGAAAUUAUACUGAAGGCAAGGUAUCAGAGUUUUUAUAACACGAUGUUUUGCAAACUGUUUGGAAGGAAGAUUCAUCGAGAUUGCUCACGAUGUGCACAUCUCAUGCUUCAUUGAACCCCGGACUUCAAACAUUGCUUUCUCCUCUAUUCCUUGAAACUCUCACUUAAUAUCUUCUUCAUUCAGUAAAGGAUUAUUAAUGAUAAAUUUAUAUUUAUAUUGUAGAGCUUAUAUAGGAUGUCCUUUUCAGGCCCAUCAAAAAACCACUUUGAGCUACGCACUGUUGGAUGGGGAGGCAGGUAGACAUAUGCCUUGUAAUAAAGUUUUAACAUUCUCAAUGGAAUGCUCCCAGGGAGCGGAGAAAGUGUAUACAAUGAAUGUGGGCAUGUCAGGAUUUGAUGACCGGGGUGAUAACGAGAGAUAUAGCUUGAAAUGCGUUGUUCCACUGAUGCUACAAACACACCAACUGAACUAAAGUAAAACCGAUCGAUGGUUUGACAUUCGAAAUGACGUAAAUCCUUUGAUCGGCCUAGAGUUGGUGUCGUUGAUGUGACUGUGACAUUUCUAUAGUCGUCUUAUCUUACAUGACUACUAUCAAUAAGGUCCUUCCAUGUGCAGGUCUCGCCAUGCAUGUACACUGCAAAAACUCCGGUGUUGAUUUAACACCAACCCGGAAUCUAUA